AUUUGUCAUUCCCAACUAAAAGCGCAGCGCAAAGCGUACGUGCAAUAUUUUUGGUGUUCUUGCAAUGAGAAUGAAAAUCAAUUACAUAAACAAUAUGACGGACGCGAAUGAUAAUGCCUGUGACUAUGAUAUGGAAAUGGGAGCAGCUGGUGAUAUUGAUCUGAGCGUGGAAAUCAAAAAUCUAAUGCAAAAAUUUGGCGAGCAAACUUUAAAAAUGCUGGAAUCGCAAAAUAGUCGAAUAGGCAGCGCAGUGGCUAGAGACCAACAAACUUACAAAAAUCUUCUUGAGGAGAAGAUGAGCCUGUUGUGCGGCUUAAAUAGACCACAAAUUGACCCCAAUAAGACUACAAUACCGCAAAUUGACAAGAUCCAUGGCGAAAUACUGCAGCAAUUUAAAAAAUUGUUUGACUCGGAGGACGAUUACAUUCGUGCUUAUGACCAACAUUGUAAGGAGACUAUAAAAAAUAAAAAUAUCAACGAUGUUGGAUCACAAGUUGGAUUUGAUGAAUUCACCACCAUGCCCCACGCAGCUUUGGAGGAUUGCAUUGCUCAAUUACAGCGCCAACAUCUUAAACUCAAAAAAUCUUCCAAAGCGAUGCGCGAAAAACGCAUUGUAAAACAAAAGGAAUACGAGGCAAAGUAUAAUGCGAUUAUCAAGGAAAUUGAACAACUCGAAAAAUAUGACUUGGAGGUACAGGAGACACUCGAGCUGCUGAAAUUUGAAUCGAAGUAAAAACUUGGUUCGUUGCCUUACACACAAUCUGCUCUCUAGCCGUUUCAAUGAUGAAUGAAGAUUUGAAUUAGUUUUAGGCAUACAACAGCCGCUUGGCCUACUUGAAUUUGGCUUUCCCACUUGAAAUAAACUACUUGUAUUAAUUUA